CACCCCCUGCUGGUUGGAGGUCCAUCCUGCGCCCUCCUGCCGGCCGCGGCCUGAAGAAGCGGUUUUUUCUCUCUCGGGCGCUGCUCGCCUGCCAGCUCCGACAUGGCGAUGCACAACAAGGCGCAGACCCCACAAAUUCCGGACACCCGGCGGGAAUUGGCUGAGCUGGUCAAGAGGAAGCAAGAGCUGGCGGAGACUUUGGCAAACCUGGAACGUCAGAUCUAUGCUUUUGAAGGAAGCUAUUUGGAAGAUACACAGAUGUAUGGGAAUAUCAUUCGUGGAUGGGAUCGUUACUUGACCAAUCAGAAAAACACUAACAGUAAGAAUGAUCGAAGGAAUAGGAAAUUUAAAGAAGCAGAACGUCUCUUUAGCAAGUCAUCCGUUACUUCAGUAGCAGCAGUGAGUGCUUUAACUGGUGUUCAAGACCAAAUGGUGGAAAAGCGUGAACCAGGUAGUGGGACAGAAAGUGACAAUUCUCCAGACUUCCAGAAUCAGGAAAAUGAACCUAACCAGGAGGACACUGAGGAACUGGAUGGAUCACAUCUGCAAGGAGUGAAGCCUCAGAAAGCAGCCUCUUCCACAUCAUCUAGCAGUCACCAUGGGAGUCACAAGAAAAGGAAAAACAAAAAUCGACACAGGAUUGAUAUCAAGUUGAAUAAAAAACCAAGAACUGAUUAUUAAAGAAUCUUUCGACAGUUGCAGUUGUCAUGAUCCGGGUUUGAAGAACAUGGACAUACGGGAGCAUUGAGAGCAUUUUGCUCCAGAAGUUCGCAGUAAUUUUUUUACAAGAAUCAAUACUACAACAAAGCAGCUGUGCCUGCUCAUGGUGUUUGAGGCCACCUUGCAUCUUUACAUGCUGCAUUUGAUCUGUGUUUAACUGAAUGUUGCUAUAUGGUUACGGUCCAAUAGUUAUUUGUACAAGUACAGCACGCGCUGGGUUUUAUAGCCAGUUUAAACUGUCGUGGGGAUGGGGGGUGGUAUUAACUGGUCACUUUUAAGUCUGUUGUGACUCACUCUGACCAUUUGAUCUUACCAGUGACAUUACACGAGAUUAUAUUCUUCAUGAAAUGUGAAGGGUUUUUGAUUUAGUAUAAUUCAAUUUUAAAUCUCUUGUUGGAAGUUCCUAAAAUGCUAGUGAUGCCAUCACUAUUUCAGUUUUUGAGUACGAAUGGCAGGUUUUUUUUUUCCUUUUUAACUUGUCUUGAACUUCAUUUAAAGUGUUUUUUUUCUGUGCUGGAUUGUGUCUUAACUGAUUUGAUAUGCAGGCAGAAUGUACCUGUUUGGUAUCAAACCUUGUGCACAUCUGAGAGAAAGUGACGGAGAGAAAAUAACAUAAGGCUUUAAUCUCCAGAUAUUUCUAAAUAGACUCAAUGGAGUUAGAUUUAAUAGCAACAUGUGGUUUUAUUUUUUUGAACCUGGUAUAUUUUGUUGUGCUUUCAAUAUUGUAUGUAUAAAUACUACCUUUUAAUUUGUACAAUUAUGACUUUGUUUUUUUGGACAAAUGGCUUUACUAUUUUUUUUUAAGAGGAAAUAUGGAUUUGUGACCAUUUUGUAUUAAAAAGAGUUAAAUAUAA